GCUUUCCCUUCAACAAAAUUUCUCGUGGACGAAAUGUUUUACAUGGACUACUACAACCGUGGGGUACUAAUUAGCGUGGCCGCGCUGCUGCUUUCGUGGGUGCUCUUAUUUCGCCGAUGGUUCUGGAGAAGCCCCCCUCCGGGAACACGGCUGCCUCCGGCAGUCCCUGGGGCCUCGAUCACAGGACACCAAGAGAUGCACAAGUGUGACUUCUUCUGCACCACCGCCAUGAAGUGGGCGAAAGAUUAUGGACCCGUGUACAGAUUAAGGCAAAACCUCGCCAGUAUCGUCAUCCUCAACGAUUUCAAUAGCAUCAAGAAGUUCUACACCAGGAAGGAGUUCCUCAACCGUUCCCGGUUCUGGGUCAUGAAAUCAGAUCGGUACGAAGGGCUCGCGAACAUGAAUGGGACGAUCUGGAACCUCAACCGAAGAUUCUGCAUGCACACACUUCGCGAUUUCGGCAUGGGGAAGUCGUACGCAAUGGAGGACAUAGUGGUUCGUUGAUUGCACUG